AUGCGACACUGUUCGAGGCGGUUGCUGAAGCUAGAGCUGGUGCUACUGGUGUUGGUUCUGGGCACGACCGUGGUGUUAUUCCUGUCGACUGCUUCACGAAGGACGGACUACUCCCCGAGGAGAGAACACGGCACAUCCACCGAGCCGUCCAGGACUCCCGCCGGAGGAGACGACGAGCGGACCGCGGCGACAGAGCUGCCCCUGAGGCCGCUGUCGGUGCGGUACCACGGCGCGCCCGUCUCGCGGCUGUACCGGCCGGGGUUCGCCGUGGACUCCGCGGCGUGCGGCGAGGACGGCUCCGGCCGGCAGCUGGUGGUCGCGGUGCACUCGGCGCCCCAGCACCGCGACCUGCGCGCGGCCGUCAGACACACCUGGGGCUCGCUCGGCCUGCGGAGAGACGCCGCCCUGGUGUUCCUGCUGGGCGAGUCCCCGGACCCGGCGCUCGCGAGCCAGCUCCGGCGGGAGGCGCUCGCGUACGGCGACAUCGUCGUGUCCCGCAACCUGGACACCUACGACAACCUGACGCUGAAGACGGUGGCCAUGGCGGAGUGGGUGUCCCUCAGGUGUCCCGGGGCGAGGUUCUUCCUGAAGACGGACGACGACGUGUUCCUCAACGUCCCCAGGCUGCUGGAGUUCCUGCGGCGGCCCGAGGUGUCGACGGCCAUCAGGACGGUGUUCGGCGGGAUGACGCGAGGAACACAUCCCAUCAGGGACAGGAGCCAUCGCCAUUACAUAUCUGAAGAGGAGUACCCGGGUGACGUGUUCGUGGACUACAUGCAGGGUGCCUGCUACCUCGUCACCGGCGACCUCUCUAGGGACCUGUACCGGGUGUCGCUGCAGGAGAUGUUCUUCAGGAUGGAGGACAUCUUCUUCACAGGGCUGAUGGCGGAGCGGGUGGGCGCCAACAAGGUGGGCCCAAAAAACUUUUACACUGUCAAAUAA